AUGGCGGCGCCCAGCGCCGGGGGAGCGGCGGCGGCGGCGGCCGGGGGGAACCGAGGGCGGCCGCCCCCCGUCACCCCCCGGCAGAUCCGCGACCUCAUCGACGGCGGCAUCGCCAGCGAGGGGCCCGGGCCCGGCGGGAAGGACACGUCGGACUGCUUGGAGCGCGCCAAUGGACCCUCGCAGCUGGAGGCUCCUUCCCUGGAGUCUGCCAGCAGGGAGGCCUACUUCAGCAGGGUGGAAACGUUCACCCCGCUGAGGUGGGCGGGCAAGCCGCCGGCGCUGUCCCCGCUGGUGUGCGCGCGUUUCGGCUGGGUCAGCGUCGAGUGCGACAUGCUCAGGUGCUCCAGCUGCCAGGCCUACCUGUGCAUGAGCCUGCAGCUCACCCUGGACCUCAGCAACUACAAGGAGCGCUGUGAGGAGCUCAGGAAGGCUCUGAGCACUGCCCAUGAGAAGUUCUGCUUCUGGCCAGACAGCCCCUGCCCAGAUCGCUUUGCCAGGCUCCUGGUGGAUGAGCCCCGAGUUCUUCUCCAGGAUUUCCUGGAUCGCUUCCAGAGCCUGUGCCAGCUGGAGCUGCAGCUGCCCUCCCUCAAACCAGAGGACCUCAAGAACAUGUCCCUGACAGAGGAGAGGAUCACUCGGCUGCUGCAGCUCAUCGGGGAGGAGCUGGAGCACAAAGGCACAGAGGGGGAGAAGCCUCCUGGGAGGUUCCCCACGGAAAUGCUGCAGGUGCACGUUCCUGCCUGCAUCCUGGCGCUGUGCGGCUGGACCUGCAGCGCCGCCUCGGGCUCCAUGAACCUGUCGGUGAUCACCUGCUCCCGCUGCAUGAGGAAGGUGGGGCUCUGGGGCUUCCACCAGCUGGAGUCUGCUGCAGCUCCAGAGCUGGAUUCCUGCGGCUCCAGCAGCACCACCCCGCCCGUGCCCACCUCCCCUCGCAGGAUGCUGACACGGAGCCAGGACCCAGCCUCCGAGCAGCACGAGAAGAGCCCGUCCCCAGCCGUGGCGCGGCCGCGGGGCUGGGACUCGCCGGGCUCCAUGGACAGGGGCGAGCUGGACGUGAGCGGCCCCGCCCCGAGGAGCCGGCCCGUGACGCGCAGCAUGGGCCAGGGGGACACCAUGGAGGUGCCGUCCAGCCCCGUGCGCCGCGCCAAGCGCGCGCGCCUCUGCUCCUCCAGCAGCUCGGACACCUCCCUGAGGAGCUUCUUUCACCCCAGCUCCCAGCACCGCGAUUGGUGUCCCUGGGUGAGCGCCGGGGAGGGACAGGAGCCCCCGGAGGACGCCGCGCCCCACGCGGACAAGGAGCCCGGCAAGGCUGAGCCAGGCUGGGAGGUGGUGCUGAAGAGGCUCCUUGGCAUCCAGAAAUGUGACACGGUGCCCGACACGGAGCCGGUGAGCCUCUCGGAGAAGUCCUGCAAGGUGUUCCGCAUUUUCCGCCAGUGGGAGAGCAUGAACUCCUCCUCGUGAGCACGGGAGCCAGCCCGGGGCAGGGGACACGCCCACGGGGACACACCCAGGGGACAC